UUUCUCCUUGGAGAUGUGAAAGGUGAAGCCAAGAACAGCAUUACUGACUCACAAAUGGAUGAUGUUGAAGUUGUUUAUACAAUCGAUAUACAGAAGCAUAUUCCAUGUUACCAGUUGUUCAGUUUUUAUAAUUCUGCAGGAGAACUGAAUGAACUUGCCCUGAAGAAAAUACUGUCAGGCUGUAAGAAGAGUGUAAUAGGAUGGUACAAAUUCAGACGUAACACAGACCAGACUAUGACAUUCCGGGAAACAGUUCUUCAUAAGAACUUACAGUCACACCUAUCAAAUCAGGGCCUCGUAUUCCUUUUAUUAACUUCUAGUGUGAUGACAGAAAGUUGUUCUACUUACAGACUGGAACAUGCCUUACAUCGACCACAAGAAGGUCUUUUCCAGAAAGUUCCUUUGGUGGUUACCAACUUGGGUAUGGCAGAACAGCAAGGUUACAGAACAGUGUCUGGUUCCUGUGUAUCUUCUGGUUUUGUGAGAGCAGUGAGACAACACAGCUCAGAAUUCUUUUAUGAAGAUGGAUCCUUACAAGAGGUUCAUAAGAUAAAUAAGAUGUAUGUCACCCUGCAGGAAGAACUGAAGAAAAUAUGCUCUACAGUAGAAGUCAGUGAACGAUCUGUAGAGAAACUCUUAGCAGAAGUGAGCCAAUUAAAAGAAGAAAUAAAGAAGAAAAAGCAACAAAGCUGUUUGGGUAAGUUAAAAGACAGAGACUACCCAGGAGAGCCAAAGGAGAAUGUUCUCCUUUGUCAGGCACUGCAAACAUUUUUCCCCAAUUCUGGACUUCAGACAUGUAUUGUUUCCUUCAAAGGCCAACAGAUAUCCAAGAACUGCUGUAACAUUGACCAUAAUAUUAAUGUCACGGACAAACUGACUCUCAUGGUAGAAGAGAGAGACUUCACUGAAGCCGAAACAAGACACCUAACCAAGCGUAAAGUCAGAGGGACCACAACAGGAUCAAAGUCAUUCAAGAAAUCCAAAUCAGUGCAGCUUCAUCAAAAAUUACUUCGUGACCAAGAAGACAGUGACCAGGAAAGGAAGCUUACACUGAGUAGUACUGAAACAGAUGAGGACAUGUUGGAAAAAGUGAGGGACACAAAUGAAUACCCACACUCUCCUACUUUCUGA